AUGCAGUCAGGUACAGCAGCAGCAGCCAGUUCAUCCAAGAAGAACACAGUGUACGUCGCUGGAUUCCCGGAUGAAGUGAAGGAGCAACAACUCUUGGAUGCGUUUGUGACUUUCGGGGAUAUCCUCGAGAUAACACUACCAUCCGAACCGAAUGAGCCUGAGAAACACCGAGGAUACGCUUUCUUAACGUUCGCGAAUCCAGCCGAUGCGCAGGACGCCAUUGAUAACUACGACUUGAACGAAUUACCAGCGUACAAAGGCCAAGGAAAGUUUUUGAAGUGUUCUUUGGCCCAGCCGAAUAGAUUUGGAAACGAAGCGAAAGGAGACAAGUUUGAUAGGCCGGUCUGGGAGUCUGAAGAGUGGUUGCAAAAGUACGAUAAAGCUGGUGCGGGUGGAAAGGGCGAUGGAGAGGAACAAGCCGUUCCGGAGGAGGAAUAA